UGCAGGACGCCCGGCCACGCGAAGUACCGCGAACCGAAUCAAACUGAUCAGUGUUCUUUUUUAAAUUCCAUUUUCAAGUGCUGUGAGUGACUUUGUUUUUAAAUUGGAUUGACCGAACUAUUUGAUCAGCCAAAUGAGGAGCAGCAUGUUAUAAUAGUUGGGGAGGUUCAGUGACUAGUGCGCUCUCUUUUUUACCUUAACUAGUGUCGAUUGUGCGAGCAGGAUGGGAUGCAACACCAGCUCCGAAGCCAAAACCGAGGCCAAAUCUACCAAAGAAGAAAAUCAUACUCAAGAUAACCAUACGAAUAAUGCCACAGAAGAGAAACAGAAAGGCGAAUCAGAAGUCCAGCCGUCAGAAGAACAGGCGGCGACGAAGAUCCAGGCAGCGUUCCGAGGACACAAGACGAGGAAAACCAUGAGCAUGAAGGCCAGCAAGCAGCCACAGGCGCAGCAAUCCGAGCCGGAGCCGAGCAAAGCCGAGCUGGAAGCCGAGUUCCGAGCUGACGACAAAGAGCUAUGCAGCGCGGCCACCAAGAUCCAGGCCUCCUUCCGGGGCCACCAAGCCCGCAAGCAGACAGCUGAAGAGAAGGCCAAAGAGCUGCAGGAUCUACAGGAUAAGGAAGACAUAGAAAAGAUCGACCUAGCCGAUCCAGACCUGAACAAGGCAGCCACCAAGAUACAAGCGUCCUUCCGCGGCCACAAGGUCCGCAAGGACGUCCCCAACUAAGGUGACCACGCGUCAGGAUUUGGACUCGUAUGUAGGAUCACGUUUCACAAUACCAAAGUUUUGUUUUAUUUCUGAGACUAAUAGUAUAGGAUCACAUUUUACGAAUACCAAUGUCUCAUUCGGAAUUCUUUUUAUAUGGGUCUCGAUUGAUAAUAAUAGUUUGGUGGAAUUUGGUGGGCUAUACUUAUUCCUUCUGAUUAAAAACCUGUAGUUUCACCGUGCAAGGAUGCAUGUAAAAUGGAUAUUAACUGAUCAAAAUUGUGUGUGAUAAACUGAUAAAAUACAGGUGGCAAAUACAGACAACAUAACAACUUUGUGUCUGUCGUUAGAGACUUUUAAAGGGUUUUUUCCUACACCAUGUUUAUUCGUCAAGCAAUGUAGAAGAAUCGUACAUACGGAUCCAGUCCUCGCAUCGUUUACUAGUAUGUAAAGAGUAAUCGUGGAUGGUAUGUCAAUUCUUUACUUAUCAUUUUAAGUCAAUUUUUAUCCUUUACAUGCUACGAUUAUCGGCUGAAGCAUUGGAUUGACGUGUCUCAUGACUACCAAGAAGUAGUAAA